GUUUAACAACACUUAUCAUUGUAAGUUCGUAAUUUCUUGUUCAGCCAACAAAAACUUUGUUAAAUAAUGAUGCAACACACUAAGCGCAUGCUGACUCCUUUGAUGGGCAGCCUGCGAAAUUUGCCGGCACGCGGUGCUACAACCACGACGGCUGCGGCGCCCGCCAAAAUUGAAAAAACGGUUAACACGGUCACCAUAUUGGGAAGAGUUGGAGCCGAUCCGCAGCUGCGUGGAUCCCAGGAGCAUCCCGUGGUAACCUUUUCCGUCGCUACACACACAAACUACAAAUACGAGAAUGGCGACUGGGCUCAGCGCACCGACUGGCAUCGCGUUGUGGUGUUUAAACCCAAUCUGCGGGACACAGUGCUGGAAUACCUGAAGAAGGGACAGCGCACCAUGGUGCAGGGCAAGAUUACCUACGGAGAGAUUACCGACCAGCAGGGCAAUCAAAAGACCAGUACCAGCAUCAUAGCCGAUGAUGUGCUAUUCUUCCGAGAUGCCAACAAUUAGGAUUUAAGACAAAAAGACCAAACCUAAUCUUAAGCACAAAAGUUGAACUUGCAGCAUUGUAAGCAUUUAUGGAUAUAUAUUAUGUUAUCAGUUUUUGGAUUACAUGCUUAGUUAUAUCUCAA